AUGGGAAAUAAUUUUUGUUUGGGAAAACGCUCUUUUAAGAAAAAAAAUGAAUUAGAGCAUCAAAUGUUUAUAUAAGAGAUUGAUUAUUAACUUGACAAAUUAAAGGAAAUACCUUAUAGAUAAUUUAAACCACCCGAAUAUGAGAAAAAAACGAUUAUUGAUUUACUAUAAGUAAUUGACAUAAAGAGCACUCGUUAAUCAAUUGUUGAGCCAGAAUAAGAAAACGAGGUAGUGAAGAAUGAUGAAAUAAAACCAGAUGAAUUUAACUAAUACUAGGAACUUGGAAAGGAGAUUAUAACAUAAAUCUAAUAGAAAAUUUAAGAGUUUCCAUAAGAUGAGAAAAAUUGGAGUUUAUUGUUAGACGAUAUCAAAAGCCCUCAUUUUUUGAAGUUAUACAUUAGACAAGUGCAAUUACCAGAUGGGAAUAAAAUCAAUGUUACUUAUAGCUAGUUCAUAGUACCCUGUAAGAGCGAAAGGUUCAUAUAAUUUAUGGGAGAUUUUAAAGAUUAAAUAAAACUUGAUAAUAGGAUCGAUUAGUUCAAGUGUAUAAAAAAGCAUCCAGAGAAGCAAGAACAACUGAUAUAUUUAAGUUAUAAGAGUGUCUCGAUUGUAUCGGCAAGGGAUUUUGUUUACUUUAAAAAAACGGAAUAAAUUGAUAAGGAUAAUGAUAUCUGGUGUGAUGCCAGCAGAUCUAUUAUUGAUAAUUCAAUUUGUCCAAUCCAAAAUAAAAUUGUGAGAGGAAACAUCCAGUUAAGUGGAUAUGUAAUCCAACCUCUAAAAAAUGUAAUGAAAUAGGAGUAUUUUUCUUAGAGGUUCUCAACAAUAGUCUUCAAAGUUGAAAGCUAUUCACUGGUGUAAUUGUGGUCAGAAUGUGAUUUUAAGUUAUCUGUGCCCCUGUAUCUAGCGAAGGGACAAGUGAAAUAAGAAAUGGCAAAUUAUAUAAAUCUAGUUUAUCGUAGUUUAUUAUGA